UUUCUUGAUUUCCAAUUUUUCAAUGCUUCGUUUUUGAACUGUAUACUUGCUUGAAUUCGGAUUGCCAAAGGAAGUGUUUUCGCCGCUGCGAUCUCAUGGAGUGCAUCAUAUACGCCAGGUAGUUGAAAAAGCUCCUUCAGCCUUUUAGUAGAAGUUUCGACACGCCGUGGAUCUUGCUGAGAUGUGGCGUCGCUGAUGACUUGGAAUAAUUCCUCGGGAGAAACCUGCUGUGAGUCGCCGCCCCGGGCCAUUCCUUGCAUUGUAUCACCAAUCGAGAAAUCCAGCGUCCACCACGCCUAAAAUGAAAUGCAAAAAGACAAGAUGGAUCGUUGGAUAAAGACCAAGAGGAAUUAAAUGAGCAAAAAGAACAUGGCAUGUGACAAAAACGCGACGCGAUGUAUCUUUGCUUUCUUCUUUUAUCUCUAUCACGACUCAUACUUUUUCCUUCGCCCUCAAGACAUAUCCACGCUGGUUUCAACCCCUGCAAAAUGCCUCCAAGAUACCGGCGAAAGAUUGAGGAAGAAGUUGUCGAGGAUUCAGAGCCAGAAAGAGAGGCAGCGAGGCUCGAACAACUUCAAACAAGCAAGGCAAUGGGUUCUCAUUUCGAGAAGCCGAGCGAUAGCUAUACGAAAGCCACGAGUCAGAAUUUCGAACUUUCGAACAGUGUCAUCGAAAUAUCUGAUGAUAGCCUGGUAGAAACCUCUUCACAUGUUCUCAACAAGAGGAACAUGUCAGACCUCCCACAAUCCAAAUCUCACGGAGAAGUCGAUAACAGCAUAAUUGAUAUCAGUGAUUCAUCCAUAGAACUACUACAAUCGGCUGGGACUAUACCAAAAUCUUUCGCGCCGAAAACGGCGGGCCCCGCCCAGUUGUUUGUUGAUUUAGGUGACUAUAACUCUGAGUUGGACAACACUCUGCCCGAACUACGGUUAGCGAGGUAUGCACAUACCAGCGCUCGGCCUAACAAACCAAAAACAAACCCCUCACAUUCUGCACGGGCGAUGUCUACCUCAUUCGGUAGUUCCCGAUCGGCUAUAGUAAAGAAGAUUACUGCGCAGACCUUGGUUCAGCGGCUCAGUGACGAAUUUAAUGCGGACUCCAUCUCCCGUCUGCUGAUGUGCGUGUGUUGUAACUUGAAAUGGACCACGCGAAAAAGUGUGUCCCAAAAGCUCACUCACUUCAAAACAUGUGCAAAGAAGCACGGCGUUCAGGACGACACGUUGGUCGACCUAAUCCGCAAGGGUAUUAUGGUUUCACCUGCAGUUCAGCCCAAGGGCAAAGGCACAUCCAUAGUCGUUGACGAUGCAUCUCCGAAGACUUUCUUCGACGAAGUCAUGCACGAUGCAGCUCCGAAGAAGCGAACUAGGCGGCAGGAAGUAAAGAGUACAGUCAAGGACAUUGCAGAAAUGCGAAAUGCUAUCCUGCUGAAAGCUCGAGCGAUAGUUGCCAAAGGGGACUCGGACGUACGAGCCCUACGCGAACAUGGAACUGGUGAACAUUCAGACAGUGAUCUAUCCAUCAAUUUUGUGCUGUCUUCGACGCCGAGGUUUGCGAAAAGCAGUUUAGCUAGUAGAAGCGGCUUGCAAGCUCGAUACAUGUUUUACAACGACGGAGGAACUCAUGAAUCGCCUCCCUCUUCUCCCAAUACUUCCUUCUCUCCGUUUUCACCUCCCAUCCAACAACUUCCCCCUUCACCUCCAAUAUCAUCAUCGGGAAUGGGCGAGGUUCUCCAGCCGCUAAUGGAUAUUGAUGUCCAUAACUUGCAUACCCUAUCCAAUAAUAAAUAUCCUGUCCCUCGCAAUUCAUAUUCACAUUCACGAUCCCCUAUUUCUACAUCUUCAAGACCGAAUCAGGCUACCCUGAAGAUCUCGAAGACUUUCGGAACUCCCAACUCGCCCCCGCUCACCCCUUCUCCUCAAAAAGUCAUUUCAUUGACUUCCUCUGCCAGUCCACCGACAUACAGUCCUUUUAAGGAUCGCUAUUAUACCUCGGACGAAGAUAUGAGGCAGUAUAUGGACGAUGCCUAUCUGCAUUAUGAUCCAGAAGACAAUACACAUUCUCUUUCCACUACAAAUCAACCCCUUCGCAGAACUCCGUCAAAAUUAUCGCCCGCUCCCCUGUCCCCUAAGUCAAAGUCUCGUUCCCGCAGUACUACUGCUCUUCGAAAGAAGCCCGCUAUUAAGGAGAAAAUUGUGAUUGAUGCAGCAUGGGCGGAGGACAUAAGGAACAAAAUUAUGAAAGAUACGACGCUGCAUCUUCGUAUCUUGAGAUUGGAGCCUAUACAUUUCGAUGUGUUCCUUUCGAAGAUAGAAGGACAGGAUCAACAACCAUCUGCAAAACUCAAACAUCAUCUCCGAGAAUUUUUGGAUAAACAAGCUAUCAAUUUCUACGGUGCUGAACCUGUAGGAAGACAAAGGCGUUGAGCCAUUGUAUCCAUCUCCACGUAUGUAUGUAUCUAUACGGAUGUAGUUGUCAUAUAUAUAUGUACAUCGAAUGCACAUAUAACUAGUAAAUAUAAUUUAUCUUUUGUCGAGAUUGAACGAC